AUUUGCCAUUUUCCAAACCAUCCGCCGUCUACCUCGCUGCCUCGGCCCCGUCCCAUCCCAUCGAAAUCAUCCUCCCGUUGCCCAUAGAACUCCCCUCGAAAUUGUAUCCAAGCCAUGUGUGGAAUCAAUGCCAUCUUUCUGUCAGACCCCGACACUGUGACAUCGUGUCGAGCCAGUGCCGAGCUAUGCGAAGGUCUCGGCGUCCUGCAACAUCGCGGACAGGACGCUGCGGGCAUUGUCACUUGCGGCAAGGGCGGCCGUUUCUACCAGUGCAAAGCCAACGGCAUGGUCCGGGAUGUUUUCAACCAACACAAUCUCACAAGUCUUAUCGGAUACAUGGGCAUCGGCCACGUCCGCUACCCCACUGCCGGCACAUCGUCUCACUCCGAAGCCCAGCCCUUCUACGUCAAUAGCCCCUACGGCAUCGCUCUGGCCCACAACGGCAAUCUCACCAACGCCGCGGAGCUGAAAAACUUCCUUGACCACGAGUCGCACCGCCAUGUCAACACCGACUCGGACUCGGAGCUCCUUCUGAACAUCUUUGCCAGCCACCUGCAAAAGACCGGCAAGUUCAGAGUCAACGAAGAAGACAUCUUUACGGCCCUCCGCGGUGUCUAUGAAAUGUGCUCGGGUGGAUACGCUGUCAUUGCCAUGAUCGCUGGAUUUGGAGUUAUCGCCUUCCGGGACCCUCACGGCAUCCGUCCCUUGGUCAUUGGCGAGCGUGUUAAUGAGCACGGCACCGACUACAUGGUGGCUUCUGAGAGCGUCUGCCUUGACCAGCUCGGCUUCACGAACUUUAGGGAUGUCAAGCCAGGCGAAGCGUACAUCAUCACGAAGGAGAAGGUUUCUGUUCAGCAGUGCGUUCCUGCCCAAAAAUUCACCCCGUGCAUCUUCGAAUACGUCUACUUUGGCCGGCCCGACUCGAUCAUCGACGGCAUCAGCGUCUACCGUGCCCGCCUGGCCAUGGGCGAGGGUCUCGCAAACCAGGUCAUCAAGAAGCUGGGCUCGCUCUCCGAAGUGGAUGUCAUUAUGCCCGUUCCCGACACCAGCCGCAUCUGUGCGCUGCAGCUGUCUUACAAACUCGGCAUCCUAUACCGUGAAGGCUUUAUCAAGAACGCCUAUGUCGGACGCACUUUCAUCAUGCCCGACCAGAACCUGAGACGAGCAUCCGUGCGACGCAAGCUGAAUGCCAUGCCCAUGGAGUUUGCCGGCAAGAACGUCCUGCUGGUCGACGAUUCAAUCGUUCGCGGAACGACCUCAAAGGAGAUUGUCCAGAUGGCGCGGGAGGCCGGUGCCAAGAAGGUGUUUUUUGCCUCGGCUGCCCCUCCUCUCCGAUAUCCCAACGUUUACGGCAUUGAUAUGCCGACUUCGUCGGAACUGAUUGCCUUUGGCCGGACCGAGGAUGAGGUUGCCGAUGCCAUUGGCGCCGAUGCAGUGAUUUACCAGACACUUGACGAUCUUGUCGCCUCCUGCCGCAAGUUCAACAAGUCGAUCAGUGACUUUGAGACGUCCGUCUUUACCGGAGACUACGUCACCGGCAUCACCAAGGAGUAUCUGAACGAGCUCGAGGAGGGUCGCCGGGCCGCCACGCGAGCCAAGAAGGAGUUGAGCAACGGUAUCGAUCGCAUGCCACCCAAGAUGGGCAGCGAGAAGAUGCUUGGCCUGCACAACAACCGCACAUGAGUGUCGGGUCUGGUGUAUUGGGUGCAUUGUGCCGCACCACCGGUCUGCAUACACGGCUUCGAGUGUCGGCCAAAGCUGUGGGCCCCAGAGGAUCUUGAUGUGCCAAAGAACAAA